GUAUUGUCUGGUGACUAGCCGCUCCGCUGGGUACCCAGUUAGCGAGUUCAGGCACUAUGUGUUCUGAACGAUCCACCGCAUUUUCUCCUCAUAGACAGAAAUAUGCUUCCGACCCACCACAAGUUCAACGCAUUUCUCCGUCUAAUCAUUCCCACAUCUCCGGAUGACGCUCCAGGCCAGAUAGCGUCCUUAUGGACAGUGCUUCUCGAUACAGAUGAGGGCAGACUUCAGCAAUGCAUUCUUCCUAGGCGCGUCCUUAUGAAUUGCCUACAAAUUCUCCACGUCGAUACGUCAAACGGGAUUCCCUUGGAGACAAUUCGAUCUUUUUUAUUGAACAAUUCUUUCAUCUUCGUGUCUAAACCAAAUGCCCACAAACAACCUCUAAUCACUGAAAUGCUUCCCAGUUUCGGGUCCAUGCCUUCACACCGUGAUUGUCCUCGUUUGUCUCCCGAGUACCACGAAUCCUUGUCCGAAACGAGUGCCAGUGUGAUCUCUUGUGUGUCAGAACUCUAUCAGGACUCACUGCUUUCCAGCCCCUCUAUUCAUCAAUGCCAAACGCUGCGAUCAGUACGACAUCAAUCGACACCGAUCUCUCACCGAUUAACACUGAAACGCUGCGCAUCACAAUCCUUUAAUCGGUCCGCAGAUUUGUUUGAUUGAGUAUCAUGUAUGCAGUAUUUUCCUUUAUUUAUUUUGGACCCCUAUUUCCUUGGCAGAAAACAAUUGCUCUGAUAAUUUGUUUCCUUGUAAUUUCGACUUGGUUACAGUGAGAGUGCCCCAUUUCGCCGGCUACUUGGCUUUUCAAAACAGCCUCAGUGGUUUCUAUUUGUUUAUGUAACUUCACCGGGCAACGUUCUCUCAUCGCGCAAUUUUAGUGGACUUUUACUUCUUUUGUAGAAGCAUGAUUUACCUUACUAA